GUGACUUUUGUGUCACAUGACGACGCCCUGUUCCACUCAGCUAACGCUAACAAAAUGGCAGCCUUCUUACAGUGGAGGAAAUUUGUCUUCUUCGACAAAGACACGGUGAAGGAUCCGGUGGAUAAUGGGAAGAACUGUGUUCUUCCGAGCGGAGUCUCGGCCUGUGACUCGGGCCGUGGCCACAUCGUCCUGGGAGAUAUGGAUGGCAAGAUCUGGCUCAUGACGCGCUCCCUGCAGCUGACCUUUUUUCAGGCCUACAAGCUGCGAGUGACACACCUUUACCAGCUGAAGCAGCACAGCAUCCUGGUGUCAGUGGGGCAGGAUGAACAAGGAAUAAACCCUCUAGUAAAGGUCUGGAACCUAGACAAGAGAGACAGUGGAAAUCCUCUCUGCACCAGGAUUUUUCCUGCGAUUCCUGGCAACAAACCGACUGAAGUGUCUUGCCUCGGUGUGCACGAGAACCUCAACUUCAUGGCCAUCGGCUUCACAGAUGGCAGUGUGGUUUUGACCAAAGGUGACAUCACCAGGGAUCGCCACAGUAAGACUCUAACACUGCACGAGGGGAGCAGCCCAGUCACUGGCCUCGCCUUCCGCCAAGUGGCAAAGGUCACACAUCUGUUUGUUGCCACUCUGGAGAAGGUUCAUUGCUACACCCUGUCCAUCAAGGAGUAUCCAAAAGUUGAGCUUGAUACACAUGGCUGUGGACUCCGCUGCUCCUCGCUUGCAGAUCCUUCCCAGGAUUCCCAGUUCAUUGUGGCUGGUGAUGAAUGCGUGUACCUGUAUCAGCCCGAUGAGCGAGGGCCCUGCUUCGCCUUCGAUGGACACAAGCUACUCGCCAAGUGGCACCGAGGUUACCUGUUUUUACUCAUCAGGGAUGCAAAGUCACCAAACAAGGCAGGGUUUGGUAGCAGGGAGAGCUCUCCAUCAGAAAAACAGCUUCUCACCAUCUAUGACCUGGACAACAAGUUCAUCGCCUACAGUUCCUCUUUUGAUGAUGUCGUCGAUGUGGUGGCAGAGUGGGGCUCCUUUUACAUCCUAACCAGGGAUGGAAAAAUGUUUGUUCUUCAAGAGAAAGACACACAGACCAAGCUGGAGAUGCUGUUUAAAAAGAACCUGUUUGUGAUGGCCAUAAACCUGGCUAAGAGCCAGCACCUGGACAGUGACGGCCUGUCAGAGAUCUUCAGGCAGUAUGGGGACCACCUCUAUUUAAAGGGAGACCAUGACGGUGCCAUCCAGCAGUACAUUCGCACCAUUGGGAAACUGGAGCCAUCGUACGUUAUCAGGAAAUUUCUGGACGCACAGAGGAUCCACAACCUGACGGCAUAUCUGCAGGCCCUGCACAGGCAGUCACUGGCUAACGCAGACCACACCACACUGCUGCUGAACUGUUACACAAAGCUGAAGGACAGCUCCAAGCUGGAGGAGUUCAUUAAGAGUAGUGACAGUGAGGUCCACUUUGAUGUGGAGAUUGCCAUCAAGGUUCUAAGGCAGGCCGGCUACCACAGUCACGCUGUUUUCUUGGCUGAGAAGCACAUGCACCAUGAAUGGUACCUGAAGAUCCAGCUGGAGGACCUCAAGAAUUAUCAGGAAGGGCUACGUUACAUCGGACGUUUGCCUUUUGAACAAGCUGAAAGCACCAUGAAGCAUUACGGCAAGACGCUGAUGCACCAUGUUCCUGAAGGCACCACACUGCUCCUGAAGGGCCUGUGCACCACCUACCAGCCCAGUGGAGACGCUGGUGAAAAAGGCAGCCCAGAGAGGAGUCGCGUCAAUAAGGCCAACUCUGAGGAAUUCAUCCCAGUUUUUGCAAACAACCCUCGAGAACUGAAAGCCUUCCUGGAGCACAUGAUCGAGGUGGACCCCCGUUCUUCCCAGGGUGUGUAUGACACACUGCUGGAGCUCCGGCUGCAAGACUGGGCACAUGAACAGGACCCAGAGAGAAAAAAGGUCCUGCAGGGGGAGGCGGUGUCACUGCUGAGGAGUGACCACACUGUGUUUGACAAAGCCCUGGUCCUGUGCCAGAUGCACAACUUCAAAGAAGGCGUCCUCUACCUUUAUGAGAAGGGCAAACUGUACCAGCAGAUAAUGCACUACCACAUGCAGAAUGAAGAGUAUGGAAAAGUGGUAGAGGCCUGCAAGCGCUAUGGGGAUCAAGAGGGUUGCCUCUGGGAGCAGGCACUUGGAUACUUUGCUAGAAAAGAAGAGGACUGCAAGGCCUACAUCAGUGAGGUCCUACAUCAUAUCGACCAAAACAACCUGAUGCCUCCCUUACUUGUGGUGCAGACACUGGCACACAACUCGACGGCCACUCUCUCCGUCAUCAAGGACUACCUCAUCAACAAGCUGCAGAGGGAGAGCCAGCAGAUAGAGGACGAUGAACGCAAAAUCUGCCAGUACCGAGAGGAAACUGCUCACCUCCGUUCUGAGAUCCAGGAGCUCAAAACAAGUGCCAAGAUAUUCCAGAAGACCAAGUGCAACAUGUGCAACAGUCCCCUGGAGCUGCCCUCUGUUCAUUUCCUGUGCAGUCACUCCUUCCACCAACACUGCUUCGAAAGCUACGCUGAGAGUGAGGCUGAGUGCCCAACGUGCACCCCUGAGAACCGAAAAGUCAUGGACAUGCUGCGUGCACAGGACCAGAAACGCGACCUGCACGACCACUUCAGCAGACAGUUACGCAGCUCCAACGAUGGUUUCUCAGUGGUGGCUGACUAUUUUGGUCGAGGAGUGUUCAACAAACUGACUCUGGUCACUGACCUGCCUGGCAGCAAAACAGUCGGGAAUCUAGAAGUCAACCUGCAGAGAGACCUGCUCAUCCACACCAAGAGGAACUGCUAGAACCCUCAGUCCGUAAUCACAGUGUGAUUCCUGCUGGAGCUGGAGCUCUAUCUCCAGCUUCGACCACGUGCUUUGUUGCGGGGGUGCCACUUUAUUCAGCAGAGAAUGCAUUUGCCUGCUUUUAGUACCUGUUGUGGACCUGUUAGCAUAAUUGUGUUCGUAGUCUGUGUCAUGAUUCACUGGAGACUGCAUAAAUGUACUUAGAUUUAAAACAUGCAAAACCUCGCUCAACGAUAACUUGGAGAAUUCUGCUUUGGAUUCUUUGCUUGUAGUCAUGUGAUCUUACACAGAACCUUCAAAAACAGUUGAACCAGCUACCAUUAAUACUUUAUUUUGAUGGCUUUCACACUAUCUUAAUAAUUAACAAUAAAUAAAGUCAUUAUUAAGUGUAUUUUCUCCCCUGGCUGUAUUGGUUUUGCGGCUGUCACCUGCCAGUCUAGCCUUUUAAAAAUACACAGAACUUGUAUGAUGACAUCGAUUAUCAGUUUAUAUUACAUCGCAAGAAACUAGGACAUGGGAAAACCUUCAGUACCCUAGCAGCUAGGGUAUUGAAGGUUGGGCCCAGCUCAUCUAUGAUUCACUGGUUCCUGAGCCUGACUGUGUCUGAGACACUCUACAUUAUCUGUUUCAUCUGCAUGCUUAUAAUGUCUUGGCUCCUUGGGGUAUGUACUUUAACUGAAGCUUAUUUGCACUGAUGCUUCAGCCUCUCCACAUAAACAUGUUAUUUACAUGGUGGAACCUGCUCUGUGAUGCUCUCACCUCAGAAAUCACAUUGGCCCCUGAGUGCAGUUACAUGGAGGGUGGGGACUUCUUCCAAAGCUUCUGUUCCUCCUCUGUAGUGUUCUGAGAGGAGAGCCUCUUUGCUCUAGACACAUACUUUCUUUAACAUACAUAACAAUAUCAGUGAUGGGUACUAUAAGUAGUUGCAUGCAAAAUAAGCCAAAAUUUGUCUUCUUGGCCAGUGGGUUCACUCAGGUGACCGAGGCUGAAGCGGACCACCCCUGAUCUUAUUUCACUGGCCUGUCAUCUGGUCUUUGUUUGGCACUACACACCUUUCAACUGUUGAUGAAGAGAAUUGUUGUUGAAUGAGGUUUCCUGCCACUGCACUGUAUACUGAUCUGAAUGUUGUCUCCUCUUUUCGAACAGCAUUUACAAAAGCUAAAGACAACACUGCAGCAUCAGCAGAAUAAUGAAUGCACGUUUUAUGUUACCAACUGUUGUGUUACUGGUCAAAAAUACUUCAUAAAUCUAUCACAAUACACAAUUAUCACAGGAAGCUGUGUUGGACUAUUGCAAUGCCUUUCAGAAACCAAUAAAACUGUUUGAAACAGCA